AAUAAAGAAUGUGCUCCUCCCUGCAGAUGGAGAGUCAGCUGUCCACGCCUCUUUCACCCGCAUAUUUCCCAGAACAAACAAUAUGGGCACCGAAUAUGUCGCCGUCCUCACGGGGUCCUUUUUGACGGGAGCCAUGAUGAACCUCCACCUGCUCACCAUUCCCAUUCUUAUCGAGACCACCCAGCAGCCGGCCCAGCUGGUGCACCAAUGGAGCCGUAUUUUCUACAGCGGCCAUCGUAAAGGCCCCGGAAUCGCUUUUGUGACGGGGGCCCUGUACGGAUAUGCGGCGUGGGCCAAGCACUCUGUCGGUGAACCUUGGCAUCACUGGAUGGUCGCCGCCGUCACGACGGUGAGCAUGGUGCCCUACACGUGGAUGUUCAUGAACGCUACGAACACAGCCCUCUUCCACGCUGAGGAUCAGUUCGAGAAAGGGGGUGUGGAGAUUAGCUUGCUGGAGAGCGUGAGAUUGGUAAAAAAGUGGGAUUGGCUCAACACUGUGCGAGCCCUCUUUCCACUGGCAGGCUCGGUGAUGGGAAUGCUGGGAGUGUGUGGCAUGAUGCGGCAUCGGACGAGGUCUGAUUCAAGCCUUUCUCCAACGUCCCAGGAGCACCGUGGUCGCUUGCGUGCGCAACGUCGCCACCGCUACGCCGGCGCUCUCGACACUAGCCGUCGCCGAAGGCAGUCGGAUGAUCGUGGUGCAACUGGACUGCAACUCGGAAACCGAUGCCCAGACAGCCGUCCAAACCUGCGGGAGGAACACGGGGUGACGCACUUGGACGUGGUAGUUGCCAAUGCGGCCAUGGCGACGAACUUUGGGCCCGCGUCCACCAUGCCUCUCGAACAUCUCCAGGCGCACAUGAUGGUCAACAUGUAUGCUCCGGUCCUCCUGUUUCAGGCAACCCGCCUGAUGCUGCAGCAGUCCAAGCAACAGGCCAAGUUUAUCUUGAUCGGUGCCCCAAUCAGCACCAUCACCAACAUGCACGACUACGCGCGGGCCCCACUGACGGCAUACGGAGUGUCGAAGCUGGCGGCCAACUACAUGGUGCGCAAGUUCCACUUUGAGAACAAAUGGCUCACGGCCUUCAUCAUCGAUCCAGGACAUGUCCAAACCGAUAUGGGCGACCAAGGAGCGCGGCUGAUGGGCCGUCCGCAGGCCCCAACAACAGUCGCAGACAGUGUGGCAGGCAUCUGUGCUCGGAUUGACGAAGCGACCAAGGAAACUACAUCGGGACACUUCGUUAUCCAUACGGAUGGAUCUCAACUCUCUUGGUAGGAUACUAGCGGCAACGAAGCGCGGUCAUAUGUUUCUGAGGCGAGCAGAAGCGUGCUGACGUGGAACUGGUCCAGAAAGGCGCGAUGGGGUCCUGUGUUCGUGUCGCGGCGGCUUUGGCUCGAUGGGGUCGUGUAUAACCUUUUCGGUCUCUUCCGUUCCGUCUAUUUAGGUUCUCGUUAUAUAAAAUCAAAUUGAAACGCAACGUUUGUUUUCGU